UGCCGGCGUGAGACGUGUCACCGGCUCGGUCCCGGACCGGCGUAGCGUGCUCUCGUAACCGCGUAUGUGUUGUGUGUUUGCAAUCCUUCAAAAUGCUGGAGACGUAGCGUCAGUGUACGUGUGGUUAAUUCUUAAAAAGUGAUAAGAAAAAAAAAAAAUAGUGAAUAAAAAAGAGGACAUUUAUAGUGAAAACAGUGUAUUGUGAAAGUUCAGUGAUAACCAAAAAUAUGUUGUGGAGAUGUGUCAGCCGGACAGGACACUGACCCCAAUCGAAGUUUAAACAAAUAUUACAAACGUUACACUAAAGGUGUACGCGCGAGAUCACACUGGGGACUAUUUGUUACAAGACUUUAUUGUCUUGCAAACGGACCCUGUUAUAGCGAUUUAUCAGUCGAAAUGGAAAAGUGUAAACGGGACAAAUCGGACGUUGUAAUUUCCCUUUGUUUUUAAAGAUUUAAAAAAAGCUGUAUAUAUUAUUCUUCGUUUUCUUGCUGGGUUUUUAAUACAAGUGAUACAACAGUUCAAUGAAGAACAAUAGGACGUGUGUGUUUUUGAGACGAGAUGUUGUGUAGUAAAUUUAUGUGGAGAUACUCAUAGCUAGUGUGGUUUAAACUAAAUAAAAAUUAGCUAAACUAAAAGUGCAGAACUAAAUAAAAAUUAUCUAAAACUGUGACAGUGUUUUCAAACGCGAUGUGCAGAUAAAUAGCAUAGACAGUGUUCUUUUUUUUUUUAAAUCGCGAUGCGCUGUAUCAAGUUUGGGUGUAGUUAAUCGCUAGUGUGGUCUCGCGGGCGUCAGGUGUCGGCAAUGACGCGGGGGGGAGGGGUGCCACCGCGCUUAUCAGGAGAUAAGGCGGCGGCUGAUAGCGGAGUCGCAAACGGUGGUGAGGCGUCAUAGUGACCAGGCCGCUAGCACGAGAGCGGCCGCCGCCCGUCAUGUUGCACUCACUGAACGCACUGGCCGGCAAGAUAUCGCCGGGCGGCGGCCUCGACACCAACGCCAACCGACACUCGCACCCCAACCGGAACCACAAGGGCUCGCCGGCGUCACCGUACUCCAAGACGAAUGGGAUGAUGACGAUGAGCAUAAACAACAACAACAACACCAGUAUCAACAACAACAACAAUGACGAAAAGCUUGAAAUGCCGGAUCCUGAUUAUAUAAAGAUGUUUGUUGGUCAAGUGCCUAGAAGUAUGGACGAGAACGACCUGCGGCUGAUGUUCGAGGAGUUUGGCCGGGUGCACCAGAUCAACGUGCUGCGAGACAAGAUCACCGGCGCGAGUAAAGGGUGCUGUUUUGUGACGUUUUUCACGCGCAAAGCGGCGUUGAAAGCGCAGGACGCUUUGCACAAUAUCAAAACGUUGAGCGGGAUGCACCAUCCGAUACAGAUGAAACCGGCUGACAGCGAAAACAGAAAUGAACGCAAGUUAUUCGUGGGCAUGCUCAACAAGAAGCUGUCAGAGAACGACGUGCGCGCCUUGUUCGCGGGGCACGGCGCCAUCGAGGAGUGCACCGUGCUGAGGGACGCGCAGGGCCAGAGCAAGGGCUGCGCGUUUGUCACCUUCGUCUCCAAGCAGGCGGCCAUCGCUGCUAUCAAGACGCUACACCAUAGUCAAACGAUGGAGGGAUGCUCUGCGCCUUUGGUCGUCAAAUUUGCCGACACGCAGAAGGAGAAGGAACAAAAGAAGUUGCAAGCGAUGCAGGCGAGCCUGUGGGGUUUGUCGCCGCCGGUCGCUCCGACCGCGUACCUCGCGUCCGAGGCGGCUUUGUCGCCGGCAACUCAGCUGCAACUGUUGCAGCAACUGCAGGCGGUUGGUCUGCAACAGCAUCUAUUGCAGAGUCAGGGGACCACGUUGCUUCAAGGUGUUAACUAUCAAGAUAUCGGUUUCAAUGGCGCAGGGCUGACCGGGGGCAGUGUCGGUGGGGUGGGGGGCAUCGGCGGGGGGGCGGCGGAGCAGCUGGGGGGGUUGCUGGCGCCGGUCAGCGUGCAGAAUUUGGCCGCGCUGGCUGCGAUGACGCAACCCGUGGUCACCCAGGCCACUGCCAUCGCACCUACUUCGCAGCCGCAACCCGCUGCGCCGCAAUUGUGUCUUCUCGGGAAGACUAACAUCACAGGGUCCACCGCUGAGCCCCUGGGAUCGGCGUACGCAGCCCAGUUCGGCACGGCGUACGCGGCAGCGCCGCUCGGAUCCGUCCUCGGCUCGGCGGCUGCCGCGGCCGCGGGGAAGCAAGUUGAAGGUCCUGAAGGCGGCAACCUGUUCAUAUACCACCUGCCGCAAGAGUUCACGGACACCGACCUCGCGUCCACGUUCCUGCCGUUCGGCCACGUGAUAUCGGCCAAAGUGUUCAUAGACAAACAGACGAACCUCUCAAAGUGCUUCGGUUUUGUCUCGUACGACAAUGCGCCCUCCGCGCAGGCCGCCAUACAAGCCAUGAACGGCUUCCAAAUAGGUACAAAGAGACUCAAAGUUCAAUUGAAACGUUCGAGAGAACUGUCAAGACCGUACUAGAUAACCACAAAUUACAAUAUUCCAGAACUCGUUCCUAGUGAAUUAUUAAAAAAAAAAGAGAAAAACUAUUUGCAGAGGAUAUAAGUUUUUGAACGUUUGUUGUGAUGUAUCCGGUGCACUUGAACUGAAUAGUCGAUAAGGUUCGUUCGAAAACGCGAGUCCACGUGCACAGUUGUUAUCUAUAUAAGUAUAAAGGUUAAGGUUUGUGUCAAAGGAUUUAUCGUUUCCAAAGUAUUCCCCAAAUUUUGUUUAUUUAAUAUAUUAAUUAAUAUUAAAAAAACUAUAUAAUUUUUUUAAAGGAUAAGUUUAGUCACCGUAAGCAUAAGUUAAUUGCGUUUAGAAACCGUUGCUAUUUAAAUGAGCGCCAAAGAGCUGUUACGCUUUUUAAAACCCUACGCGGACGUAGUCACGUUAUUAGGUACACGAAAAGUUUUAGUCAAAAAUUUAACCAAAAAAAAAUUUACAUUAUUUUAUUUAAAGAAAAAAAAUCAGUAUUUUUUAAGAAUCAUCGUGACUACGUCUGUCUGAAGACUUUUUUGACAUCCAAAGCUUAACAUCAGCUACCCUAAUAGUAUUUGAUAUAUUUAUAUAACUGUUAUGUUGAGUAUACUACAUUAUACUUUCUAUUUUACGUUUGUGUUACCACUUUAAAAUAACCGAUGUGGCCAUGGUCAGUUGCAGUUUUAAUUACUACAUUUUUGUUUAAAAUUAUAAGGUGUUUAGAUUAAUAUAAUGAUCUCAAAGCGAUCAAUGUAUUUAUUAAUUACAUGUUGUCAAUAGUGUACUUAAUAUUUGUUUUUUGUUAGUCAAAAUAACCCGUUUGUCUAACCCGAUAAAACAAAUGUAUAUCACCAUUUGUGAUUUCAAGCCCUUUAAUGUUUUUGUGCAAUAACACUUGUCAGACAUUGUUAAUUAAACUUUAGUAAAAUGUUAUAUCAUAAACAAAUUAUAUUUAAACGACGCUUAGGUAUAUUUAAAUGCGCUAAUAAUUCGAAAUCGAAUUUCGUAUAAAAGGAAAGAUCCUUAGCAACGACCACAUUCCAAUUAGGCAAUGGGUAGCUACCGGUAAAACAUAAUAAUGAAGCACCGAUACAAAUGGCUGAUAAAUGUUCAAAUUUCUUUUUCCUUUUGGAGCAGAGAAUCCAUCUAUUUAUUCUAAGCAACAAAAUAAGAAUAGAAGAUACGUCAACAUUAGUGAUAGAGUUAGUGCGGCGUCAGCCAUGUUUUUUUUUACGUUAUAUUAAUGAUCUAAGGUUAAAUACGAUGGUCGUAUUCUGGCCGCUGGUCUCCUAAUCGGGAUGAUAUGACAUGUUAAUUUUGUUUGGCUAAUAGUUACAUAACUACCGUCUCUUUAAACUAAGACAUGUUUUUUGGCGCUUUAAUACGAUCUACUCAUAAUUUCCUGUUUAAAUAUUGUUUGUUUAUGGUUUGACAUCCGGUCAGAUAUAAAUUUAAACUUUGAGACAUUUCAUGAUUAUAUUUUCGUUUUUUUUUUAUUAAUAUUCAUUACUAACUUAUUUAUAAAACAUCGAACUUGACCAUUUAGUCAAUCAUUUUUGUUAGAAUUAAGUAUUUAAACAUAGAGUAAGUUUUUGUGUAAUUUCGACAUUCGCUGUGCAAAUUGUGUUUUUUUUUUAAAAAGCCCAUACACGUGGCGGGUAAAACGAGGGAUGGCAUAUUUAAUAAAUUACUGAAGAAAUAAAACUUUCUUUUUUGUCUAUUGCCCUUAUGGGCAUAUUUAAAGUCACACGUUCAAACCUGCUGUGUUGCGAUGGGUUUCAAUGACUUCUAUGUAUACUACUAGGUCGGCUGAGCAAUUAAGAUAAAAAAAACUUAACUUCUAUAAUAUCGACUCGGUUUAAAAUUUGGAAGCCAACGCAAUUGUCAAAUGAUAUAAAUAAUUGUGAAUUGAAUUGUCCUUCUAGUAGUACACACAGAAAUCUAUUAUUUACCAUAAGUUUUUGUUAAACACUUCGUAUCUUUUUAUCAUUGCUAAACACUUUUAGCGUUUUUAGAGAUUUCAUUAUGCUACUUACAUAAUUAUUAUAGUCUGUUACUAUUUACUUACUUCUAGCAGUUUCUUUAAUAAAUUAAGUAUUACUUACUUAAUAUAUUUUAUUCCUUUUACUUGUCAGUAGUAGGUAAAUAAUUUAAUGUGAUUGUCAAAGAAUCGCUCAAUGGGGACUAUAUUAAUUAAUAUAUAAUUUACUUAAUUUAAAUAUUUCACUAAAUUUAUAAGAUUACCCCCAAGUAUUUAGUUGAAGUGCCAAUGCGUUAAAAAUUAAUGAAAACUAUUGAUUUUAUUGUAAAUCGCUUCUUUUGUUUUAAAAAACCUGACUUCUUUAAUCAAAAGUUGAUUUUUUCAUUUCAUUGAUUUCAGAAAAAAAAAUAACAGAAUUCGAAAUAUGAAUUUGUUAUUUUGGAUGCAAUCUGCAUUUCAAUGCCUACUUACUGAUGUGUGUUUAGAUGUGCAAUCUUUAUUGAGGAAAUUAGUUUAAUUUAGUUAAUUUUUGAUGUCUGAUGAAGACAAUAUCUAGACUGAAUAAGUUCCCUUAUAGAUGUAAAACAACUUUUUCAUUAUAGUUUCAGUGUAAUUAAUGUCUUGGUAGGACUUAUUCUAUUAUAACUCUGUUUUUUUUUCAGUAGAAGUAAGAAUGGAGUUAUAAUGGUAUGACCUUGUAAGAGUUCCAUGUAAAAAGUUCAAAAAGAACUUUCCCUUACCUUGUUGUAAGUAAAGGAAAUUAUUGUAGAUGGGGAUAAAUUGGUGAAAAUUCUAAUCAACUUCAAAAUUAGAACAGCCACAUUUAGUUGUUUUUGUGAACAACACUGAAAACUUUAGGCAAAAUAAAUUUAAAAAUAGCAAAGCCGGUGUUUUAUUUGUAUUUUUCGCUUAUUGUGGUUGUUCUUUUUUCGAACGACUAAUACCAAUCCUAGACACAACCAGUGUGAAUAAUCUGUUCAUAGUUGUGAUCUAAGUAAACAAAUUUUUGAAAUAAUAGGAUUUUUUUACCUAUUAAUAAUAUUAGAUAAAGACGAGACCUCAAUGUUGUAAUAUAAAACCUAAUUUAAAAACUUAAAUAGCUGGCUUUUGCGAGUAAUAACAGAAUGUACAGAUAAAGUAUUCUAUUGAAAUGUCGUGCACACUAAGGCUACCAAACGUGGUUUAAAGUAAUAGUGUUGUGUUUUGUAUUUUUUACUCUACAUCCACAAAUAAACAAAGUCAAAAAGUUCUGCAUAAUUGUUCCAAAAUCAGAUAACGAGUACGAAAACCGGCAAUAAUCAGUUUAAUCUUUAAAUUGUAGACAGAGAUUCAUAUCUGUGAUAAUUAUUAACGACUUAACCAUGAGUCUACCAAUCUAGUAUAUAUAUAUAUCUACCAAUCUAGUAUAUGUAUAAAUUAUCUAGUAGUCAUAUAAUUUUACUAAACGGACGUACAUAUAUUUUGCAACUACUGGAUGUUUGCAAAUACCUACUACAAACUUAAAGGUCCGUAUAAAAUAAUGUUAAAAUACCUAAAGUGUUUAAUGUCCAACCGGGGGUAAUCGAAGAAGAAUAUAAUAGAGUAAACCAAUAUGAAAUUAAAAAUAAAGUUUCUCUGUCUACAUUUUAAAGAAUUAAAUUGACCGAAACAAAUCGCAUAGUUUUCACAAUAUUCUCUUUAAAAAAGUUGUCAGUUUAGUUAAGUUUACAGAUUAUUCUGAAACCGCAUUAGCGCUAUUGUGUGGACGACGUAACUAAGCUUCAAUAUUAAUUUGAUCUUUGUAAAUGUAUAUUUUGGUGUCGAUUGUAUAAAAAUGAUGCUGUAUAAAUUGAAAACCUGAAGACUGGAAAUUAUUUUUGUUUGUCCGAUUUUAUUGAAAUAUUAGGUGCAUCUAACAAAAAAUAUAUAAUAUAUACUUACAUUUUUUUAUAAAGGAAUAUGCGUAUAUUUUCAACAGAUAUGAAAUUUUAUAAUGGACUUGAAAAAAUAUAUUAAAUUAGAAUUUCAAAAUUUUUCUUGAUUUUGAAUUAAUAUUGUUAAAUGAUAUUAAAAUGAGACAAAACCAUACAAGAAAUUUUAUUAUAAAAUAAAAUUAGGUUAUAAUGUGAAUUUUUCAUUUGAAAUAUUUUUAAUUUUCUUUAUUCAAUAUCGGAAAAAUAUUUCCAGGCUUCAGCUAUCAGCCAUUCAAGAAUAAUUAAGAUGCCUAAAUAAAAAUGCAGUGUCAUUUUGUUGGCUAGAUUAAUUAGUUAUUAACUACUAGAUUGCUUCUACUUGCGUUCUAGUUUUGAAUCUUAACAUAAUUAAAUUGAUUGAAAAUUGAUGAGCUUACGACAAAAGUAAAAGAGCCUUAAUAUAUUUUUAUUUUUUAAUUUAUCGAUUCAUAAAAGCGACGAUGUGUCAUUAUUUAAAAAGAAUCCUAUACAGUAUCCAUUCAAUAAUACUGGAGUCCAAAGCAAA